AUGGCCCUUCUCAACUACCCUGUUCCAACGUUGGAUGUUACCUUGCAAGAAGUGAGCCGUGUCCUCCAGCUCACUUUAAGUCCUGACCUUUACCCAGAGUUCAAAAAUACGUUGGAACAGCAGAGGGAGCUCCUUCAAGAGGCCCAGCAAAAAUGGUCAGCCAUUGCUGCAGGUCAAGAGAACUGGGUAACGGCGCAGUUCAAGAGGGCACUGCUGUCUUGUGCUGACCCCCUGCCCACCUCCACUACCCUUCCUGUUGUUUUUCUUCCUUCCAAAGCAAAGAGAUGUACCCAACUGGGGAGGGCAGCUGCUCUGCUCUGGGCAGCAGCAAAGCUUUACAGUGAGCCACUGUUACUGGAAGGCAAUGUGCCAACGGAGCGCACACAGCAGUCUGAGGUAUUCGCUGCCAGCAGGAUUCCUGGAAGGAGUCAAGAUGAGAUUAAGGUUUACCCAGAUAGCCUCCAUGCCAUCGUCACCUGUGUUGGAGGAGUGUUCCCUGUUGACAUACUGGGGCGUCCCAGCACUGGUGGGCCGGUUUCUGCCCGACCGUUCAUUGACAUCUACAACCAGCUGGCUCAGGUGAUGGAUCAACCCAGUGCAGGAAAAAAGAAUGAUCCCUCUGUCAUUUGCAGCCUCUCGGCUCUGGAGCGCAAAGUCUGGGCUGCCACCAGAGAAGAAAUCCUGGGGCAAGGAGGGGACGCCGCAGCAUCACUGGGGCUGAUGGAGAGUGCCGUGCUGACGCUCUGUCUGGAAGACUGCAACGCACCCUCUGAACUGGCUGAUAUCCUCAAUGCAGUGAGGCUGGGAGGAGGAGGAGACCGUCCAUGUCUAAGAUACUAUGACAAGGUGGUGAACCUGGUGGUGUUCAAGGACAGCACAGCUGGGAUGGUGUUUGAGCACAGUGCUGUGGAUGGGAUGGUGGCUGGGCUUGUGACUGAGCAUCAUAGGAGCCUCAUCAGAAACACCAAAAGUGGUCAGGGAGUUGGUCCCCAUCUAGCUGCCCUACGCCGAUCGUUACCAUCUGACAACCCAUUGAAGAAGUACCUGGACCCCUUUGGAUGUCCAUCUGUGUACCUCACAGGUACAGAUGUGAUGGAGGGCGCGGAGUGUGGAGUAGGGAAUGUUUAUGCCCAAGAUCAGCUGGCUGUAACCUACCUUGGGAAGAGAGACAUGGUUCGCAUUGCGCUUAAUGGAAAAGGGAGCUUUGCUCUGGCACUGGAGAAGCUUCAAGAAAGCCUGAAGAUAAACCUGAAGUUAGUGAUGCUUCUAGCUGUUAGGUAUGCUGUUGCAUACCAAAUGGGAGCCCUGGAAUGUCUACAGAAUCAGGGUCAAACAGGGAAAAUGAAUGGAGAGACAAACCACUGUCCUGAGAGUCCAGACAAUGGCAAAAAAGCUGUUGACUCCACCUCUGGCAUGAGCACAGACCACACUCUGGUGAUCCAUGGUGGCGCUGGAGAGGAGAUGAUGCUGAACACCGAAGUCAUUGGGGUUAUUGAGUUUGCUCUACAGACAGCCUUAACCCUUGGAUCCCAAGUCCUUCAACAAGGUGGAAGGAGUCUGGAUGCAGUUCAGAAGUCAGUAGAAGCUCUGGAGGACUGCUUCCUCUUCAAUGCAGGUAAAGGCUCAGUGUUCAACAAAGAUGGAAAAAAUGAAAUGGAAGCAACCAUUGUGGAUGGCAAUGCAAUGAAGUCAGGAUCUGUUGCUUGUGUGCAAAGUGUAAAGAACCCCAUAAAGGCAGCCAGAUGUGUCAUGGAGAAAAGCUCACAUUCACUCAUUGUGGGAGAUGGGGCUGAGGAGUUUCUGCAAGGGUUGGAGGGGAAGGAGAAACCUGUUGGGCCUGAGUAUUUCUACACUGAUAUACGCCACAGACAGUUAGCUGCAAAGCUCACUGUUGGAAAUACCUCAAAAAACAAUCACCCACAGACAGUUGGAGCUGUGGCCUUGGACCGUUGGAGUGGGUUGGCUGCUGCAUCAUCCACAGGUGGGGUUGUAGGAAAGCUGAAAGGACGAGUUGGGGAUACAGCAGUAGUAGGGGCAGGAAUAUAUGCUGAUGACAAGUUAGCUAUUACCUGCUCUGGAGAUGGAGAUGUAUUUCUGAGACACACAGUUGCACAGAAAAUAGCCAGUCUCUACCACCACACGGGCUGUAGCCUCAGGCAGGCAUGUAGAGACGUGAUGGCUGAAAAUCUAGAUGGGAUCUGUGCAGGAAUCAUUGCUGUGGACACUAAAGGUGAAGCCAUCAUUGAAACAAAUGCUGGUGUGAUGUUUGUGGCCUCAAUGGUAGAUGGCAUUUCACGAGUAGAGGUCCUCAGGCCCCUCAAGAGCUUCUCUCAUGUGAUCUGGGAAACCGAUGAGCUGGUUGCCUACCUGGAUCCCAACCCCUGGAUCCCUGGGUCAACCAUUCUGACUAGAAAAACUCUUAGUGGGGCAAGCAGCAUCUUCCAGUUGGCUACACCUGAUUUUGUGGCUAUGCUACAAGGAGCAAGAGCUGUGUCGCGGUUGCUUUGUGAGCAAUUGGAAGUGCAGCGCUGUGCCUUGGUUUUCAAUCCAACCAAUGAUCAGUCAGCACAAAUCAGACUGCUCCCGCUUCAUGGCCUACAGCCAAACUGGCAGCCCCAUCUUGCAAAUGAAGAGGAAUUCCACAAUUACGAUCCUGGAUACUGCACCUCAAAAAGUGGCCCACACUGGGAUGAUGAGGCACUGGCCCAGGUUCAAGCCAAGAUUAGAAACGGACUGCCAACACCAAAUGCACCUUCUUGCUUUGACUUUUUUGGUGACGCUUCCAAUGAUAACCUGUUCAGUCGUAUUGUACGUGGAGAGCAGCAACAGUGGAGAGUCUGGGAAGACAGCGAGCAUGUUGCCUUCCUCACACCGUACCCAAACACUCCUGGACUAACUGUUGUGGUGCCACGCAAACAACUGUCCAGCGACAUCUUCAAACUUGAGGAAGCUGACUACAAGGCGCUGAUCUUAGCCACUUCUAAAGUUGCCCGACUACUAGAAGAGGGGAUGAGAGCUCGAGGCGUUGCACUGAUCUUCGAGGGCUUUGAGAUUGAUUAUGCUCAUGCCAAGCUGAUCCCUCUGUUACCUUCACCAGAUGGCACUAAGCCUGCUGAUCUGCAACCAGAAUUCUUUGAGAGCUACCCUGGAUAUGUGUCAUCACAGGAUGGCCCAGCUGCUGACCCUGAGGCCCUCAAAAAGAUACACUCAAAAAUAACCCAGUGCAGGGCUCCCCGUUCAUGGCAAGACCCUCAGUCUCACUCCACAAUUGCCAUCAAGAGCCAGUGGUAUCACAACCUGUUCCAGAUUCAAAACACUCUUUUCCACAGCACAGUGGAAUAUUUCCACACUUCCCGCCAGUUCUCCUACGCUCUAACCCCUCUCACCACAGACACCAUCUCCUCACCAAUGGGCUUGGGAUCUGACUCAGAACCAGUUUCUGUUGACCUGCUGGGCCAGGACAUCUACCUGGCUGACUCAAUGCAGUUUAUACUUGAGUACUUCCUUCGUUUCCAGGAGAACCUGCCGGGAACGUACUACAUAUCUCCCAGCUUUAGAGGCGAAGAUCCUGAUGCUACACACUUGAACCAGUUCUACCACGUGGAGUGCGAACUGUUGGGUGACAUGGACAAGGCCAUUUCUACAGCAGAGGGAUACUUGUCUCAUCUCACUAAGUCCAUGUUGAAGAAACACUCUGAUAUGAUCCUCAACACUGCCGGGACCCUUACACACGUCAAAGCCAUGCUGAGUAAGCUGGAUGGAAACACUCCACUCCCACGAGUCCCUCUAGACCAGGCCAUUCCCAUGAUGCCCUCUGCUGACUGCUUAGAGUGGGUACAAGAUGGCCAGCCACAGUUUGGCAGAAAGCUAACACGCAAAGGAGAGCGGGUCUUGAUAGAGAAAUAUGGUGGUGCUGUUUGGCUGACUGAGAUGGACCAUCUAGGAGUUCCCUUCUACCAGGCCUAUGUGGAGGGCACUGGGCGGUGCAAAGCCAAAGCUGCAGACCUUCUCCUGGGGCUUGGUGAGACCGUGGGUCUCGGUGAACGUCAUUCCACCCCUGAGAUGGUACAGGAGGCCCUCAGGCACCAUGCAGUGCCAGAGCAGUCCUACAAAUGGUACAUUAGCAUGCGGAAAGUGAAACCACUCCUCACCAGUGGAUGGGGCAUGGGGACAGAGCGCUACUUGUGUUGGCUGCUUCAGCAUGAUGACGUCAGAGAUUUACAUAUCAUUCCUAGGAUGAAAGGAAUGAAGUACUUGCCCUGAUCACAAGUACUCCACAAGUCUACAUGCCAUUAGAUGUGAUAUAUUUGUAAUAAUGGGGCCAAAGACCAAUAUACAAUAUGGAUUUAACAAUAAAAUGCCUCAAUAAUCCAGACUUUGGGACUUUCAUCCAGCUUUGUGCGUCUUAUAAUCACCAAUUAUCCUUCCUGCAUUGUCGAUGGCAAGAGAAAUCUUCCUACAGCCCUCAAUCCUACCCAACCCUUAUACCCUUCAAAGUAAAAUGUUUCUGAAAAUUUAGUGUUAAAGCACUGCAAUACAAACUCGAAGUAUUAUAGCAGAAAAGUUCAAUUUGAGGUUACAGGACGUAAAUCAGCAGUUCUUUAAAUGUUAACACUAAGAGUUGGUUUCCCUUCUUAAAACUAUAGUAUCAAUGUAACAGCAAAGUGAGAAUACACAAAUACUGUAGUACAACUUGAACUGUUUUAGUAUCUUCAUUUCUUGUUGAGACCUAUUAAUGGUGUUGAGAAAAUAAUUAGUUGCAGGAUAUAAAGUGUAUGGAUACAUUUUUCACACUAUGUAAGGACAACAUGAAGGAACACAUACUGUAUGUUUAAGUCCUUAAAUGUUGUAUUAUCAUUUAUUCAAGCAAACUUGUUAUAUUGUCCCUCAAUGUAAUGUUUUUUUUUAUUUCAAUCACAGUCUUUAUAUUUAAAUGUUUUUUUGUGAAAGUCAUAUGGAUCAUGAAAUGCUCACAUGCUCAUUUUACAGUGUAUAAACUAUGUAAAAAGUAACUCAACAUCUCCUGAACACAUCUUUUGCUGACCUCCAGUGGUUUAUUUUCUCACCUUGCUGUAGUGAUGUACAGGUGUACUCCAGGACCCUAUGACAUCACUGCUGGGUGUGGUUACAGGCACAACAAAGCAAACUAAUUUUUUAAUUUAUUUAUUUUUAGUUUGUUUCACUAAACAAAGGAUGCUUCUGAUCACACCCAACCACACCCAUCAGUGAUGAUGCAGUGUGAUCAGAGUUGAAUCAGAGAGGGCAGUGAAACACUGCUUUUCAGACUGAUGUUAAGUUACUAUUUAAAAUGACAAACAGACCUGAUUGGUCAAUGUACAUCAACUUAUCAGUUUGUCUCUCUCGCAUACCUGAGCAAGUUGGGUGACCACCAACACUCUCACAUUACAGAAUUUUCCUUUGAUGCAACUGAAAAGAUGAUAAUUUGGAGUUUAUUUUAUAAAGACUGUACAUAAUUUGUGUAGAAGUAAAAUGUUCUGGGCCAAAUCUUUCCAUUAAUUAAGAAUGUCAUACACAGUUUUGCUCACACACAUUCAAAUCCAUACGCACUCACGAACACCUUGCAAAGCGGGUUUUAGGUGAAAAGUGACCCAAUAUCUUAAUAAAUGCAAUGUCUCUAUGAAGGGUGAGAAAUACUGAUAAUAAUAAAUGUUUAACAUGAAUAUUGAUAUUUCACCAAAAAAAUAAAAGGUCAGUGAACUACAGAAAUUGGCUCAGCAGCAUCUGUCCUUUAACCUCACGAAGAAUGUAAGAAGCUCUGAAGAUGUUACUCUCCCCAAACACACCACGC